AUGGACAGCUCCCGCCUCUUAAAUAGCCGUUACUCUACCGACGACGAGUACAACCUCGAUCGAAUUCAUGAUGCAAGUUCAAGUACUCGUCAAGCAGCCGCAGCCGCAGCACGACCUGAUCGCAUGAGGAGACCUCUUUUUCGUAACAACCAAUAUCAACAAGUGGCAACAGACCCACAUGGUCAACAACAUUCCGAAUCAGAAGACGACGAUGACGACUUGGAGGCACCAGCGUCUCUCAUGCUAGAACAGACACCUGAGGACCGUAGUCCUUUAUCAACAGAAUCACACCAUAAGGAACAGUUGCCACGACCAGCUAUCUCUGGACAAACGACAUCCUCCACUCGACAACAUAUGACAGCCUUUGAUCGUACCAUGUGGCGAUGGACAAAUGUAUCCAAUAUGGAUGACUUUUUCAAGCGUGUAUACGAUUACUAUCAAGGAAGGGGAAUGUAUUGUAUUCUACUUGCUCGUUUUCUUAAUCUAUUGACUCUUGGAUUCGUUAUUGGUUUCUCGACGUUUUUGAUUGGAUGCGUGGAUUAUGCACAGAUUCCUCAUCAUCAUGCACUUGGUGAAGUGGUGAUACCUCAAUGUGUGUCACGGUUAUCUGGCACAACGACAAUGUUCCUUGUUACAUUUAUCAUGUGGUGGAUAUGGCAAGCAUUUCGAUUCAUUAUGGAUUACCCGGUGCUCAAAGAUAUGCACAACUUUUAUCAUCAUCUUUUGGAAAUCCCAGAUAAAGAUAUCCAAACAGUACCAUGGCAAACGGUUUUGCAAAAAAUCAGCGAUAUCCGUGAAACCAAUCCAAACACAGCUCAAUCAUCACCUCUUCGCCUCAGUGAACACGACAUCACCAGCCGUAUCAUGCGCCAAGAGAAUUAUUUGAUUGCCCUUUUCAACAAAAAGACACUCAACAUCACUAUCCCAUUACCCUAUCUUCGCAACAUGCACAUGUUCACUCGAGAUUUGGAAUGGAAUGUAUCCUUUUGUGUCUUGAGUUAUGCAUUCAAGCCCAAUGGCCAGCUCCGAAAACGGUUCCUGCAGGAUAAAAAUCGAGUCUUGUUGGUAGCUGGGUUACGACGGCGAUUCAUUUUUAUGGGAUUGCUCAACUUUGUCUUUGCGCCAUUCAUCUUUGUAUACCUCAUUGUAUUCUUUUUCUUCCGUUAUUUCGAGGAAUAUCACAAGAAUCCAAGUGAGAUCGGUGCUCGUUCUUUUUCGCCGUAUGCCAAGUGGAAAUUCCGUGAAUACAAUGAACUGCCACACUUGUACCGGCAACGUCUCAGCAACAGCGUCCCUAUAGCCAACAAGUACCUGGAUCAAUUCCCAAAGGAAAAGACAGCAUUAUUGGCUAGGUUUGUGGCCUUUAUUUCAGGUUCCUUUGCAGGUGUACUUGCGAUUGUGACGCUGUUUGAUUCUGAAGCAUUACUCAACUUUGAGAUCUCGCCUAAUGGAACGAUCCUCUUUUAUCUCGGUGUAUUUGGCACAAUCUUUGCCGUGAGUCGAGGCAUGAUCCCUGAUGAGCAUUUGGUAUAUGAGCCCGAGCCUUUAUUACGCCAAGUACUUGAUCACAUUCAUUAUUUCCCUCAUGAAUGGGUCGGCAAACUGCACACGGAUGAGGUCCGAGCACAAUUCUGUCAGCUUUUUGAUUACAAGAUUACGCUAUUUGCACAAGAACUACUUAGCGUCUUAUUCACACCUCUUGUUCUUUGGUUCUCCUUGCCGAAAUGCGCUGAACAAAUUGUCGAUAGUUUUCGGGAGUACACAGUGCAUGUGGAUGGACUCGGUUAUGUAUGCAGCUUUUCACAAUUCGACUUUACACGGCAUGGUGAUGCACGUUAUGGUGCCCCUGUACAAGGAGAGGAUGAACAUAUGAUUAGCAAUGAUGGCAAGAUGGAAAAGAGUUUCCUAACAUUCAAGGCCAAUUAUCCAACAUGGGAACCUGAGAAUGUGGAAGGAUCCAUGUACUUGAGCAAAAUGACUGAAUUUCAGCAAACACGGCGACAACGGCAAAGUCAUCGAUUGAAUAAUUUUGGUGUGCCAGAAGGCCAUGAGCCCAGCAAACUUGGUGAUUCCUUUGCACGUACGACGAACGACGUUGUAGACUAUACAAUAGACGAAGAAGAAGAGGAUCGCCCAGGUGGAAUCAGUGAAAAGCGUGCUGGCAAACAACGUAUACGACCCGUGCUUGGAUUGCUGAACGAAGUGUAUGAUCUCAACAACAAGACCACUCCCAUGUAA